AUGACUAGUCAGAAAAAAACCGACCCAAAACCUCCAGAAGGUUUCGGCAUUUACGUCCGGAACUUUUCAACCGAAACCAAACAAACCGAUUUGGUCAAGUACUUCUCGCAAUUUGGCAACGUGAUUUGGGCCCACUUCGGUCAUGACUAUUUGCUGUUGGAUUUUACCGAAAAUGAGGCCGUCAGGAAAGUUAUGACAAAAAAUGCCCACUUUUUGAAUGGAAAGCGCUUAUUUAUCCGACACAAGUUACCUACUUUGAAUGUAAAAGUUCCAAUCAACGACGAAGAAAUCAAUAAUCAAUUGCAGCAAUCAAUAGUAGAAGGCUUACAAGGUGCAAACGAUUUCGAUGAAGAACUAAAACGCCUAAUCCAAAAACUCCAACCCAACCAAUUGGAGUGCUGGAAAAAACAGCAGGCAGUCUGUAAUGACUUGGGUCAAAUUUUAUCAAAGCGAUUCAAUCGGAUUGAAGUCCACCAAUUUGGGUCUACAAUGACCGGAUUGGGGUUUGACUUGACUAGUGACGUGGACGUUUACUUGGCCAACGUGAAAUUUGAAGAUAACGAAGAGGUUGAGGUGCGUUUGUUGCACAUAAUUAAAAAUAUGUUGGUAGGUAGUCGUAAGUUUGGCAACACUUUUGUAAUAGGCACAACUAAAAUUCCUAUAGUUAAGUGCUUACAUUUGGCAACUCAAAUACCUUGCGAUAUCAAUGUAAAAAACAUGAUUGGUGUUUGGAAUAGCAAAUUGAUUCAUUAUUAUCUAAGUUUGGAUCCGAUGAUUAAACCCUGUAUGAUUUGUUUGAAAUAUUGGGCCAAAAAUCACCAAGUCAGCAAAAAAACUCUAUUUUUCACCAAUUAUUCUUUGGUGAUGCUUUUUUUGUUUUAUUUGCAAAAUGUUUUUUGUUUUCCAUCUGUUCACCAGUUGCAACAGCAUCCGAAUCUAACUCAAAUCAAUAAUUGGGUUGUAGAUUUUAUUCCCUUACCUCAUUUUUAUAGCCAGAGCUUGGCUAUGAACACCACUUUAGGUGUAUUGAAAGGAUUUUUCGAAUUCUACUCGCAGUUUGACUUCAAAACAUACAUCAUUGUGCCUUAUUUAGGCCAAAAAUUUCUGAGGCAAGAUUUCGAAUGUGUCGACUCCUUACCUGAAAGUUGCUUGGCUUAUAAAAACUAUUUGGCUUCAAAAAUUGAACCGCAACUCAAGCUGACUAGUGCAAUUUGCCUGCAAGAUCCCAUUGAACACUUUCGCAAUAUCACUACAUCGAUAAAUGAUUCAAGUUUGGAACAUUUUAUAAUUUUAUGCAAAUUUGGUUUGAAAAUUUUCUUGGAAAACGACGAAAAUGUUUUGUUGAAGCUCUUAACUAAAGAACCUCUAACAGAUAGACCUACAACUUCGAUACAAGAAGAUUGUUUCACAUUGAAAUUUCCAAACUCUUGCUUGGAGGUUGUAGUUAAGCUGCUAAAUGUCGCUUUAUGUGACAUUUUGUGUUUUACCAUGGUAAAAGACGAUGCAAUUUUUAAUUAUAAGACAAAAACAAAUAUGUGGUCUUCACGCAAGGUAACGUCGAAAGAGUUCAAUUUAAAAAAGGAAGUUAAUUUGAUUCAACGCGAAUUGGCUAUUACGCGACAUUUGAAAGAGCGGAAUAAGGAUUUUCAAACUUCCAACGAUAUUCUGGAAUUCAAGUUGUCUUUGGAGGCUUACAAAGAAGAGCUUGUUGAAGGGGUCACUAUUUCGGUGCACAAGUUGCAAUCUUAUAAAAAGACGUUUAAGUCGUUUGCACGGUUUUUUACGACAAGUGUUCCCUUGUGGCUUCAAGCAUAUCAGAGAGACACAAUCUUAGAUAAUGACACAAUGAUGAGUACUUUAUAA